AAUACAAUAGAGCUUCUACUGGUAGCCAUGAUUGUUUUUUGGCAGUCUGCUUGUUCGAAUAAAUACUAAACACUGAUUAUUUUUUGUGCCAAUCAGGCACUGUUUCGUUAAAGUAAAUUGUUUAAAAAGAAAAAUGCAUCAUAGAAUAGUUUUGAGUUUCGUUUUGAUUUCUCUCACCCAUUUGAAGUUUUCUAAGGCCGAAGCUGAUCAACUCACCUCAUCGAACGUUGAUAAGAUACUUCAGGAAACUGAGGUGGUGCUAAUCAACUUUUACGCUGACUGGUGCCGAUUUAGUCAAAUCUUAGCCCCAGAGUUUGAUAAAGCUGCAGAUAGUAUUCGAAAAGAAUUUCCGGAUGAGAAGAAAGUUCGACUUGCAAAGCUUGAUUGCGACCGAGAGAAUGGAAUAGCAGCAAAAUAUCGGGUUUCUAAAUACCCUACACUUAAACUUUUCCGUUAUGGUGAAAUGACUAAAAGAGAAUAUCGCGGUCGCCGGUCGCAUGAUCAAAUUAUUGAAUAUAUUAGAGAACAGAUAAAAGAUCCGAAGUCUUACGCUGAUAGUCAAGAAAGUUUAGAAAAUUUGGAUAAAUCUAAAAAGAAGAGACAUGUCAUUGGUUACUUCGAACAGGCUCAAGGAGAUGACUAUGACAGUUUUAGCAAGGUAGCUUCUAUGCUCAGAGAUGAAUGUCAAUUUCACGUUGCUGCUGGAGAGACAUUUGCCAAAGACAAAGCUGCUGGCAAUAGAAUUGUUUAUAGACCAAAUGAGGAUUUUCAUUCGGAUAUACCCUAUGCAGGUUCUAUAACUGAUUAUCAAUCUCUCUGGCACUGGACACUCGAUAAAUGUGUUCCGGUUGUUCGCGAAAUUACUUUUGAAAAUGCUGAAGAACUUACUGAAGAGGGUCUUCCUUUUGUUAUUCUAUUUUAUCAUCCUGACGACAAAGAAACUCCAGAAGUAUUUGCCAAGACAGUCACUAGUAACCUUCUCGCUGAAAAAGCUUCAGUAAAUUUCCUAACAGCGGAUGGACUUAAGUUUACUCAUCCACUACAUCAUUUGGGAAAGUCGGAAAAAGAUCUCCCAAUUUUGGCUAUUGAUUCAUUUAGGCAUAUGUACGAAUUUCCACAUAAAAAUUUAAAAGAAUCUAUGCUAAAUGGACAAUUGCUUAAAGAUUUUAUUGCUGAUUUGCAUUCUGGUAAAUUACAUCGUGAAUUUCAUAACGGACCCGAUCCCACUGAACCACCAAAACCAGAUCAACCAAAAGAGGAGCAAAAAUCAGAAGAUGGUGAUACUGCGACAGCUCAUGUACCAAAGGAGCAAGAUAUGCAACCUCAAGGAAUAGAUGCAAAGAGAAGAACAUCGCCUCCUGAAUCAACGUUUAAAAAGCUUGCACCAUCGAGAAAUCGUUAUACAAUUAUUAGGGAUGAAUUAUAG